CUAUGUGUGUCUCUUGAACAACUUGUUGGUCCUGAUUCUUUUACUCUGUGUGGCUGCUUUAUCUGUCAGACUGACUCCAUUAGAGGAGGACAAGAAGGACAGAGCAGAGUCUCCAGGAUCCAGAUGUCUGUCUAUGAAGAGUCCAGACUUCAUCCUCCAGACUCAGACACAAGUCUGAAUGAAGUCCAGAAGAUGGAGGUAGAAGAGUCUACAGUAUCCAGAUGUCGGUCUGUGAAGACAAGUGGGUCCAAACAUGAACCACCAGAGUUCGGUGAAGAACCAGAACCCUCAGACACAAAUGUGGAGGAGCAGCCGUCCUGCUGUGCUUUGUGUCAGGACAUCCUGAAGGAUCCAGUCUCUAGCAGCUGUGGACACUGGUUCUGCAGACAGUGCAUCACCUCAUACUGGGACCAGUCUCCUUCAUCAGGACACUCCUCCGGUCCCCAGUGUGGACAAAGACCCAGAUCAAGUAAGACUGUACAUCUGUCUGCUGAUGGACUCAUAACUGGAAACCUGUUGAUUCCAUCCAGACACAUUAGCUGCAGACCUGUUUUAGAUGAACAUAAGAUCAGUCUGAGGAGGAGAUGUGAACAUGUGACUGAAGGAACUGAUGUAACAAGAAGAGGAAACCUCCUCAACAGGAUCUACACUGAGCUUUACAUCACAGAGGGACAGAGUGAAGAGGUUAAUACCCAACAUGAGGUGCAGCAGCUUGAGACAGCUUCCAAGAUGAAGGCCCUCCAUGACACUCCAAUCAGGUGCCAGGACAUCUUUAACGCCUUACCUGACCAACAGAGACACAUCAGACGGGUUCUGACCUACGGUGUCGCUGGUGUUGGAAAAACCUUCUCAGUGCAGAAGUUCACUCUGGACUGGGCAGAGGGUUUGGAAAACCAAGAUGUCAGUGUGGUGUUUAUGCUUUCGUUCAGGGAGCUGAACUUGAUCAAAGAUGAGCAGUACAGUCUUCUCAGGCUGCUCCAUGUUUUCCAUCCAACAUUACAGAAGGUCACAGCAGAGCAGCUGGCUGUCUGGAAACCUUUGUUCAUCUUUGACGGCCUGGAUGAAAGCAAACUUUCAUUGGACUUCAACAACAGUGAGGUUGUGUCUGAUGUCACACAGAAGGCAUCAGUCAACGUGCUGCUGACAAACCUCAUCAAGGGGAACCUGCUUCCCUCGGCUCUGGUCUGGAUCACUUCCAGACCUGCAGCAGCCAAUCAGAUCCCUCCUACAUGUGUUGACAGGGUAACAGAAGUACGAGGCUUCACUGACGCCCAGAAGGAGGAGUACUUCAGGAGGAGGUUCAGUGAUGAAGAGCUGUCCAGCAGAAUCAUCUCCCACAUCAAGACCUCCAGGAGCCUCCACAUCCUGUGUGGAGUCCCAGUCUUCUGCUGGAUCACUGCUACAGUUCUGGAGCACAUGUUGACUACAGAGCAGAGAGGAGAGCUGCCCAAGACCCUGACUGACAUGUACUCACACUUUGUGAUGGUUCAGACAAAGAGGAAGAAGAACAAGUACCAUAAGGGACAUGAGACAAGUCCACAGGAGCUGAUGGAGGCUGACAGGGAAGUUCUUCUGAAGCUGGGGAGGCUGGCGUUUGAACAUCUGGAGGAAGGAAAAAUCAUGUUCUACCAAGAAGACCUGGAGCGCUGUGAUCUGGAUGUGACAGAGGCCUCAGUGUACUCAGGAGUUUGUACAGAGAUCUUCAAACGAGAGAGUGUGAUCUUCCAGAAAUCAGUCUACUGCUUUGUUCAUCUGAGCGUUCAGGAGUUUCUGGCUGCAGUCUACAUGUUCCAUUGUUACACCAACAAGAAGACAGAGGUUCUGAAGGACUUCCUGAGGAAAGACCUCCAGUAUUCCACUAAAUCUCUGGAUGAUUUCCUGUAUGGAGUUAUGAAGAAAUUCCUGCUCAGUAUAAGUGGCCACCUGGACCUGUUUGUUCGCUUCCUUCAUGGCCUCUCUCUGGAGUCCAACCAGAGACUCUUAGGAGAUCUGCUGCGUCAGACAGAGAACAGUCCAGAAAUCAUCCAGAGAACCAUCAACAACCUGAAGAAGAUCAACACUGAUAAAAUCUCUCCUGACAGAAGCAUCAACAUCUUCCACUGUCUGAUGGAGAUGAACGACCUCUCAGUUCAUCAGGAGAUCCAAGAGUUCCUGAAGUCAGACAACAGACUAGAGAAACUCUCUGAGAUCCACUGCUCAGCUCUGGCCUACAUGCUGCAGAUGUCAGAAGAGGUUCUGGAGGAGUUGGACCUGCUUCAGUACAACACAUCAGAUGAGGGACAACAGAGACUGAUCCCAGCUGUGAGGAACUGCAGAAAGGCUCGAUUAACUGGAUGUGGACUCUCAGAGACUCACUGUGAAGUUGUGGCCUCAGCUCUGAAGUCCAACCCUUCCUAUCUGACACAUCUGGACCUGAGUGACAAUGACCUGAUGGAUUCAGGAGUGAAGCAUCUGUCUGCUGGACUGGAGAGUCCAAACUGUAAACUGGAGACUCUGAGUUUGUGGACCUGCAGUCUGUCAGUGAUCAGCUGUGAUUCUCUGGGACCAGCUCUGAAGUCCAACCCCUCCCAUCUGAAACAUCUGCACCUGAGUAACAACAACCUGAAGGAUUCAGGAGUGAAGCAGCUGUGUGGUUUUCUGGAGAGUCCAGACUGUAGACUGGAGACUCUGAGGUCAGUUCACUGUCUGUUGUCAGAAAUCAGCUGUGAUUCUCUGGGACCAGCUCUGAAGUCCAACCCCUCCCAUCUGAAACAUCUGAACCUGAGUAUCAACAACCUGAAGGAUUCAGGAGUGAAGCAGCUGUGUGGUUUUCUGGAGAGUCCAGACUGUAGACUGGAGACUCUGAGGUUGAAGAGCUGCAAUUUGUCAGAGAUCAGCUGUGAUUCUCUGGGACCAGCUCUGAAGUCCAACCCCUCCCAUCUGAAACAUCUGGACCUGAGUGGAAACAACCUGAAGGAUUCAGGAGUGAAGCAGUUGUGUGGUUUUCUGGAGAGUCCAGACUGUAGACUGGAGACUCUGGGGUCAGUUCACUGUCUUUUGUCAGAGAUCAGCUGUGAUUCUCUGGUCUCAGCUCUGAAGUCCAACCCCUCCCAUCUGAAACAUCUGGACCUGAGCUUCAACUACAACCUAAAGGAAUCAGGCGUGAAGCAGCUUCUUGAUCUUAAGAAGAGUCCAGACUGUAGACUGGAAGCUCUGAAUUGUUGUUCUCUAUGUGUGUCUCUUGAACAACCUGUUGGUCCUGAUUCUUUUGCUCUGUGUGGCUGGUUUAUCUGUCAGACUGACUCCAUUAGAGGAGGACAAGAAGGACAGAGCAGAGUCUCUAGGAUCCAGAUGUCUGUCUAUGAAGAGUCCAGACUUCAUCCUCCAGACUCAGACACAAAACUGAAUGAAGUCCAGAAGAUGGAGGAACAGAAGGAUGGAGCAGAGUCUAGAGCAUCUAGCUGUCUGUCUAUGGAGAGUGACAGGUCCAGAAAUAAACCUCCACUCUUCAAUGAAGAACCUGGACCCUCAGACACAAAAGAGAGGAAGAGGAGUCAUGUUUCUGUGGAGGAGCAGUUGUCCUGCUGUGCUUUGUGUCAGGAUGUCCUGAAGGAUCCAGUCUCUAGCAGCUGUGGACACUGGUUCUGCAGACAGUGCAUCACCUCAUACUGGGACCAGUCUGCUUCAUCAGGACACUCCUCCUGUCCCCAGUGUGGACAAAGACCCAGAUCAAGUAAGACUGUACAUCUGUCUGCUGAUGGACUCAUAACUGGAAACCUGUUGAUUUCAUCUCCAGCGGACGCUCAUCUGCACAAGGUUUUAGGUGAACAUAAGAUCAGUCUGAAGAGGAGAUGUGAACAUGUGACUGAAGGAACUGAUUUGAGAGGAAGAGGAACCCUCCUCAACAGGAUCUACACUGAGCUCUACAUCACAGAGGGACAGAGUGAAGAGGUUAAUACCCAACAUGAGGUGAACCAGCUUGAGACAGCUUCCAAGAUGGAGGCCCUCCAUGACACUCCAAUCAGGUGCCAGGACAUCUUUAAAGCCUUACCUGACCAACAGAGACACAUCAGAGUGGUUCUGACCUACGGCGUGGCUGGUGUUGGAAAAACCUUCUCAGUGCAGAAGUUCACUCUGGAUUGGGCAGAGGGUUUGGAAAACCAAGAUGUCAGUGUGGUGAUUGUGCUUUCGUUCAGGGAGCUGAACUUGAUCAAAGAUGAGCAGUACAGUCUUCUCAGGCUGCUCCAUGUUUUCCAUCCAACAUUACAGAAGGUCACAGCAGAGCAGCUGGCUGUCUGGAAACCUUUGUUCAUCUUUGACGGCCUGGAUGAAAGCAGACUUUCAUUGGACUUCAACAACAGUGAGGUUGUGUCUGAUGUCACACAGAAGGCAUCAGUCAACGUGCUGCUGACAAACCUCAUCAAGGGGAACCUGCUUCCCUCGGCUCUGGUCUGGAUCACUUCCAGACCUGCAGCAGCCAAUCAGAUCCCUCUUACAUGUGUUGACAGGGUAACAGAAAUACGAGGCUUCACUGACGCCCAGAAGGAGGAGUACUUCAGGAGGAGGUUCAGUGAUGAAGAGCUGUCCAGCACAAUCAUCUCCCACAUCAAGACCUCCAGGAGCCUCCACAUCCUGUGUGGAGUCCCAGUCUUCUGCUGGAUCACUGCUACAGUUCUGGAACACAUGUUGACUACAGAGCCGAGAGUAGAGCUGCCCAAGACCCUGACUGACAUGUACUCACACUUUGUGGUGGUUCAGACAAAGAGGAAGAAGAACAAGUACCAUGGGGGACAUGAGACAAGUCCACAGGAGCUGAUGGAGGCUGACAGGGAAGUUCUUCUGAAGCUGGGGAGGCUGGCGUUUGAACAUCUGGAGGAAGGAAACAUCAUGUUCUACCAAGAAGACCUGGGGCGCUGUGGUCUGGAUGUGACAGAGGCCUCAGUGUACGUAGGAGUUUGUACAGAGAUCUUCAAAAGAGAGAGUGUGAUCUUCCAGAAAUCAGUCUACUGCUUUGUUCAUCUGAGCGUUCAGGAGUUUCUGGCUGCAGUCUACAUGUUCCACUGUUACACCAACAAGAACACAAAGGUAGUGAGGAAUUUCCUGAGAAACAAAUACCAAGAGAAGAAAUCAAAUUUGUCUUUUCUCCAGAGGAUUUAUUAUUAUUUUGUAAAGAAGCUCAGCUGUGUCUUAUCUCUGGAUGACUUCCUGUUUGGAGCCAUGAAGAAAUCCCUGCUGAGUAAAAAUGGUCACCUGGACCUGUUUGUUCGCUUUCUUCAUGGCCUCUCUCUGGAAUCCAACCAGAGACUCUUAGGAGGUCUGCUGGGUCAGAUAGAGAACAGUCCAGAAAUCAUCCAGAGAACCAUCAACAACCUGAAGAAGAUCAACACUGAUAAAAUCUCUCCUGACAGAAGCAUCAACAUCUUCCACUGUCUGAUGGAGAUGAACGACCUCUCAGUUCAUCAGGAGAUCCAAGAAUUCCUGAAGUCAAAGAACAGAUCAAAGAAGGAACUCUCUGAGAUCCACUGCUCAGCUCUGGCCUACAUGCUGCAGAUGUCAGAGGAGGUUCUGGAAGAGUUUCACCUGGAGAAGUACAACACAUCAGAGGAGGGACGACGAAGACUGAUCCCAGCUGUGAGGAACUGCAGAAAGGCUCGAUUAACUGGAUGGGAGACUCACUGUGAGGUUGUGUCCUCAGCCCUGAAGUCAAACCCUUCCUAUCUGACAGAACUGGACCUUAGUGGAAAUAACUUAAAAGAUUCAUUAAUGAAGCAUCUGUCUGCUGGACUGGAGAGUCCAAACUGUAGACUGGAGACUCUGAGGUCAGUUCACUGACUGGAGCCCUGCAGGUUGUCAGAGAUCAGCUGUGAUUCUCUGGUCUUAGCUCUGAAGUCCAACCCCUCCCAUCUGAAACAUCUGGACCUGACUAACAACGACCUGAAGGAUUUAGGAGUGAAGCAGCUGUGUGGUUUUCUGGAGAGUCCAGACUGUAGACUGGAGACUCUGAGGUUGAGGAGCUGCAGUUUGUCAGACAUCAGCUGUGAUUCUCUGGUCGCAGCUCUGACGUCCAACCCCUCCCAUCUGAAACAUCUGGACCUGAGUAACAACAACCUGAAGGAUUCAGGAGUGAAGCAGCUGUGUGGUUUUCUGGAGAGUCCAGACUGUAGACUGGAGACUCUGAGAUUGUGGGCCUGCAGGUUGUCAGAGAUCAGCUGUGAUUCUCUGGGACCAGCUCUGAUGUCCAACCCCUCCCAUCUGAAACAUCUGGACCUGAGGAUCAACAACCUGAAGGAUUCAGGAGUGAAGCAGCUGUGUGGUUUUCUGGAGAGUCCAGACUGUAGACUGGAGACUCUGGAAUUGAGUGAAUGCAGUUUGUCAGAGAUCAGCUGUGAUUCUCUGGGACCAGCUCUGAAGUCCAACCCCUCCCAUCUGAAACAUCUGGACCUGAGUAUGAACAACAUAAAGGAUUCAGGAGUGAAGCAGCUGUGUGGUUUUCUGGAGAGUCCAGACUGUAGACUGGAGACUCUGGAAUUGAGUAGCUGCAGGUUGUCAGAGAUCAGCUGGGAUUCUCUGGGACCAGCUCUGAAGUCCAACCCCUCCCAUCUGAAACAUCUGGACCUGACUAACAACAACCUGAAGGAUUCAGGAGUGAAGCAGCUGUGUGGUUUUCUGGAGAGUCCAGACUGUAGACUGGAGAGUCUGGAUGAAAAAUGCGCCAAAAUCAAUCCUCUGCAAGUUUAUGAGAGCGUGCAAAAAAGGAUGAAAUUCCUGCAGCAGUUUAAGAAGUUCAACUUCAACUUGCCAAAGAGAAUGAUGGUGCACUUUUACACGUGCAUCACCGAGUCCAUCUUCACCUCCUCCACUACUUCCCUGUUCCAGGGAUGUGGCAUGAUGGGGUCAUUUCAGCCCUCACUCCCUCAGACGCAGGUGCACAAAGGUGCUCCGAAAACUCAGAGUAAAAAAGCUCUGCAGAAAGUGUGUGUGUGUUGUUUUCUUGUUGUUCUCUAUGUGUGUCUCUUGAACAACUUGUUGGUCCUGAUCCUUUUGCUCUGUGUGGCUGCUUUAUCUGUCAGACUGACUCCAUUAGAGGAGGACAAGAAGGACAGAGCAGAGUCUCCAGGAUCCCGAUGUCUGUCUAUGAAGAGUCCAGACUUCAUCCUCCAGACUCAGACACAAGACUUGACAAAAGUGAAGAAGAUGGAGGAACGGGAGGAUGGAGUAGAGUCUAGAGUAUCCAGCUAUCUGUCUAUGAAGAGUGACAGGCCGAGAAGACAACCCCGAAACUUCAAAGCAAAACCUGGACCCUCAGACACAAAAGAGAGGAAGAGGAGUCAUGUUUCUGUGGAGGAGCAGCCGUCCUGCUGUGCUUUGUGUCAGGACGUCCUGAAGGAUCCAGUCUCUAGCAGCUGUGGACACUGGUUCUGCAGACAGUGCAUCACCUCAUACUGGGACCAGUCUGCUUCAUCAGGACACUCCUCCUGUCCCCAGUGUGGACAAAGACCCAGAACAAGUAAGACUGUACAUCUGUCUACUGAUGGACUCUUUUCUGGAAACCUGUUGAGUUCUACAGAACGGGGGAUCAUUAUAAAUAUCAUUCAGAAUGAACUUAAUUCUGUUUUAGAUAAACAUAAGAUCAGUCUGAAGAGGAGAUGUGAACGUGUGACUGAAGGAACUGAUGUGAGAGGAAGAGAAACCCUCCUCAAUAGGAUCUACACUGAGCUCUACAUCACAGAGGGACAGAGUGAAGAGGUUAAUACCCAACAUGAGGUGAAGCAGCUUGAGACAGCUUCCAAGAUGAAGGCCCUCCAUGACACUCCAAUCAGGUGCCAGGACAUCUUUAAAGCCUUACCUGACCAACAGAGACACAUCAGAGUGGUUCUGACCUACGGCGUGGCUGGUGUUGGAAAAACUUUCUCAGUGCAGAAGUUCACUCUGGAUUGGGCAGAGGGUUUGGAAAACCAAGAUGUCAGUGUGGUGAUUGUGCUUUCGUUCAGGGAGCUGAACUUGAUCAAAGAUGAGCAGUACAGUCUUCUCAGGCUGCUCCAUGUUUUCCAUCCAACAUUACAGAAGGUCACAGCAGAGCAGCUGGCUGUCUGGAAACCUUUGUUCAUCUUUGACGGCCUGGAUGAAAGCAGACUUUCACUGAAGUUCAACAACAGUGAGGUUGUGUCUGAUGUCACACAGAAGGUAUCAGUCAACGUGCUGCUGACAAACCUCAUCAAGGGGAAGCUGCUUCCCUCUGCUCUGGUCUGGAUCACUUCCAGACCUGCAGCAGCCAAUCAGAUCCCUCCUACAAGUGUUGACAGGGUAACAGAAGUACGAGGCUUCACUGACGCCCAGAAGGAGGAGUACUUCAGGAGGAGGUUCGGUAAUGAAGAGCUGUCCAACAGAAUCAUCUCCCACAUCAAGACCUCCAGGAGCCUCCACAUCCUGUGUGGAGUCCCAGUCUUCUGCUGGAUCACUGCUACAGUUCUGGAGCACAUGUUAACUACAGAGCAGAGAGGAGAGCUGCCCAAGACCCUGACUAAUAUGUACUCACACUUUGUGAUGGUUCAGACAAAGAGGAAGAAGAACAAAUACCAUGAGGGACAUGAGACGAGUCCACAGGAGCUGAUGGAGGCUGACAGGGAAGUUCUUCUCAAGCUGGGGAGGCUGGCGUUUGAACAUCUGGAGGAAGGAAACAUCAUGUUCUACCAAGAAGACCUGGAGCGCUGUGAUCUGGAUGUGACAGAGGCCUCAGUGUACUCAGGAGUUUGUACAGAGAUCUUCAAAAGAGAGAGUGUGAUCUUCCAGAAAUCAGUCUACUGCUUUGUUCAUCUGAGCGUUCAGGAGUUUCUGGCGGCAGUCUACAUGUUCCACUGUUACACCAACAAGACAAAGGUGCCACAGAGGAAGGACCUCUGGUAUUCCACUAAAUCUCUGGAUGACUUCCUGUUUGGAGCCAUGAAGAAAUCCCUCCUCAGUAAAAAUGGUCACCUGGACCUGUUUGUUCGCUUCCUUCAUGGCCUCUCUCUGGAGUCCAACCAGAGACUCUUAGGAGGUCUGCUGGGUCAGACAGAGAACAGUCCAGAAAUCAUCCAGAGAACCAUCAACAACCUGAAGAAGAUCAACACUAAUAAAAUCUCUCCUGACAGAAGCAUCAACAUCUUCCACUGUCUGAUGGAGAUGAACGACCUCUCAGUUCAUCAGGAGAUCCAAGAGUUCCUGAAGUCAAAGAACAGAUCAAAGAAGGAACUCUCUGAGAUCCACUGCUCAGCUCUGGCCUACAUGCUGCAGAUGUCAGAGGAGGUUCUGGAUGAGUUUCACCUCGAGAAGUUCAACACAUCAAUGGAGGGACAACGGAGACUGAUUCCAGCUGUAAGGAACUGCAGAAAGGCUCGACUUAGUAGAUGUGGACUCUCAGAGACUCACUGUGAAGUUGUGGCCUCAGCUCUGAAGUCCAACCCUUCCUAUCUGAAACAUCUGGACCUGAGUGACAAUGACCUGAAGGAUUCAUUAGUGAAGCAUCUGUCUGCUGGACUGGAGAGUCCAAACUGUAAACUGGAGACUCUGAGAUUGUGGAGCUGCAGUUUGUCAAAAAACAACUUUGAUUCUCUGGUGUCAGCUCUGAAGUCCAACCCCUCCCAUCUGAAACAUCUGGACCUGACUAACAACAACCUGAAGGAUUCAGGAGUGAAGCAGCUGUGUGGUUUUCUGAAGAGUCCAGACUGUAGACUGGAGACUCUGUGUUUAAGGAGCUGCAGUUUGUCAAAGAUCAGCUGUGAUUCUCUGGUCUCAGCUCUAACGUCAAACCCCUCCCAUCUAAAACAUCUGGACCUGAGUCACAACAUCCUGAAGGAUUCAGGAUUAAAGCAGCUGUGUGGUUUUCUGGAGAGUCCAGACUGUAGACUGGAGACUCUGGAGUGAGUUCACUGUCUUUUGUCAAAGAUCAGCUGUGGUUUUCUGGGACCAGCUCUGAUGUCCAACCCCUCCCAUCUGAAACAUCUGGACCUGAGUUACAACCGUCUGAAGGAUUCAGGAUUUAAGCAGCUGUGUGGUUUUCUGUCGAGUCCAGACUGUAAACUGGAGACUCUGAGAUUAAUUUGGAGCAGUUUGUCAGACCUCAGCUGUGAUUGUCUGGUCUCCGCUCUGAAGUCCAACCCCUCACAUCUGAAACAUCUGGACCUGAGUAAGAACAGGCUGGAUUGGGGAGUGAAGCAACUUCAUGAUUUUAAGAAGAGUCCAGACUAUAAACUGGAGACUCUGAGCUGGGAGUGAUGGUGUUUGUGAAGAGGACGGUGUGUGAGCUGAGAGGAUGAGCUGUGUCCUGAUGAUCCAGAGGUUGAAGCAGCAGCAGUUUGUGUGUAGAGAGACUCUGACUCAGAUAAAUGCUGCAGAAUAAACCACAUGUUCAACAGAAACAAGGAUUAAAAUACACACAUCAUCCUCACAGUGAUGCAGCCGUUGUUCAGUUUCACUCACUCAGCAUAUAGAUGUGUUUCUGUUCCUGCUGUUUGAUUUAUGGAGUCCACUGAGUGAAUAAUAGAAACUUACCAUUUUUCAGAAACCAGAAUUGGAAUCAGCUUUAUUGGCCAGGUAUGUCUCACUUUGCUCAAUGGUGCAAGAAAAGAAAAUCAGCACUUGAAUGACCAUAAAAAUAUAAAUGUAUGCAAAAUUAUAGAACAGCUGUACAACGUAAAUAAGACUUUCAGAAUAAAAAUACUAUAUACAGUG